AUGGAUUCUUCCCCAAAUUCUUAUAAUCUCCACCAAGAGAUAGUAAUAGAUGAAGCUAUCAUAGGUUAUAAGGGGAGUAAAGCAGGUAUCCCAACCGUAUUUAUUCAUAGCAAACCAAGAUCCAAGGGAUUUAAAGUUUAUGUACUUGCAGAUGCAGUCUCUAAUUACAUAAUCUGUAUCAGAUUCAUGACAGUAUCUGCCAUUACUGAUAGAAAAGGGGAUAGAAAAACCCAUGAUCUGUGUGUUGAUAUGAUCAGCCAUGUACAAGGGUUCAAUCAUAUUUUAUAUACAGACAGUUUUUACACUAGUCCUGACUUGGCAAUGACUCUGCUAAACAAUCAUCACACAUUCCUUAUUGGCAGUACUCGGCCAACCAGGAAGGGAAUGCCAACUUGUCUAAAGGCAAGUGAUAAGAAUCCUGACAGUAAAAGGAUAAAACGGCUUGAGAGGGGUCAAUUUGUCUCAAGACAGAAAGGAGACUUGGUUGUAGUCGUAUGGAAAGACUCAAAAUUAUUCACUGCUCUGACAACAUGCAAGGAAGGUUUCAGGACCAGGGGAGAGAGACUUGUAAGAUAUGUAAAAAACAAAGAAUCGCAUAAAAGAGUGACCUACACAGUGCCAGCACCUGAGGUUAUAGAAAAUUAUAACCAGUUUAUGGGUGGUGUAGACAGAGCAAACCAGUUGAGGGCAUAUUACACCUCACAACGCCAAACCCACAAGUGGUGGUAA